GCUUCCGUUAGUGCUGUUAUUAAUGAUACAGAUGAAACAAAACGUACGGGACGUGUUGUUAUGGCACAAGGCAAUCAGAUAUCAUUUAUUACUCGUUUACUUAAAGAUGAUUAUGGAGUACCUGGUAAAUACAUCAAAGAAGUAUAA